GUGGCCCGUCUGGCUGUGGAACCCACCGAAAGCUGAGAGUCUCUCUCUCAGCCGUAAAGGUCGGACUCGCUGAAGCAAUCAGGCCCGUUUCUGAAGAGUUUUUUCCCCGACACUCGUUCAGUGGUCUCUUGUGAGGACGCGGCAACGCGUGGAAUCGGAUAAGGGAAAAGCGAGGCAAGGCAGGCGGGUCUUCGAAGUUCUACAGUUUAGUUCCUAGCGCUGAACCUCCUUCUCCCUUAAAUUAUUAUAAACUUUUGCUGCUGUUUAAUAAACGUGAAGAUGUCUCGCAGUCCUGAUGUGAAGGAAGACCCUGUGGAAUGUCCUCUUUGCAUGGAGCCCUUGGAGAUAGAUGAUAUCAACUUUUUCCCUUGCACCUGUGGCUACCAGAUUUGCCGAUUUUGUUGGCAUCGAAUUCGCACUGAUGAAAAUGGGCUUUGUCCUGCAUGCAGAAAGCCAUAUCCAGAAGACCCAGCAGUUUAUAAACCACUCUCCCAGGAAGAACUGCAAAGGAUAAAGAAUGAGAAAAAACAGAAACAAAAUGAGAGAAAACAGAAAAUAUCAGAAAAUCGCAAACAUUUGGCUAGUGUACGUGUUGUACAAAAAAACCUCGUCUUUGUUGUAGGUCUGUCUCAGCGCCUAGCAGACCCAGAGGUUUUAAAACGACCAGAAUAUUUUGGGAAGUUUGGUAAAAUACAUAAAGUUGUCAUCAAUAAUAGCACAUCAUAUGCAGGCUCACAGGGUCCAAGCGCCAGUGCUUACGUAACCUAUAUCCGGUCGGAAGAUGCUCUCAGAGCCAUACAGUGUGUCAACAAUGUGGUGGUAGAUGGCAGAACACUUAAGGCAUCUCUAGGUACAACAAAAUACUGCAGUUACUUCUUAAAGAAUAUGCAGUGUCCAAAGCCUGACUGCAUGUACCUACAUGAAUUGGGGGACGAGGCGGCCAGCUUCACAAAAGAGGAAAUGCAGGCGGGUAAACACCAAGAAUAUGAACAGAAGCUACUUCAAGAAUUAUAUAAAUUAAACCCCAAUUUUCUUCAGCUGUCUACGGGUUCAGUUGAUAAGAAUAAGAACAAAGUGACACCACUGCAGAGGUAUGAUACCCCCAUUGACAAACCUUCCGAUUCUCUCAGCAUAGGGAAUGGUGAUAAUUCCCAGCAGAUAUCUAACAGUGAUACACCUUCACCACCACCUGGUUUAUCAAAAUCCAAUCCAGUCAUCCCCAUCAGUUCAUCCAAUCACAGUGCACGGUCUCCUUUUGAAGGGGCAGUAACUGAGUCACAGUCAUUAUUCUCAGACAAUUUUCGCCAUCCCAACCCUAUCCCAAGUGGGCUUCCUCCUUUCCCCAGUUCCCCACAGGCAUCCAGUGACUGGCCUACAGCACCAGAACCACAGAGCCUCUUCACAUCAGAAACAAUCCCAGUAUCGUCUUCUACAGACUGGCAAGCAGCAUUUGGCUUUGGUUCUUCUAAACAACCAGAGGAUGACUUGGGUUUUGAUCCCUUUGAUGUCACUCGAAAAGCCUUAGCAGACCUGAUUGAAAAGGAACUGUCAGUCCAAGACCAACCUUCCCUUUCACCCACAUCUCUUCAGAACUCCUCUUCACACACUACAACCGCCAAAGGUCCGGGCUCUGGAUUCCUGCAUCCUGCUGCACCUGCAAAUGCCAACUCGAGUCUCAAUAGUACCUUUUCAGUCUUGCCACAGAGGUUCCCUCAAUUUCAGCAGCACCGAGCGGUUUAUAAUUCAUUCAGUUUUCCAGGCCAGGCAGCCCGCUAUCCUUGGAUGGCCUUUCCACGCAAUAGCAUCAUGCACUUGAACCACACAGCAAAUCCCACCUCAAAUAGUAAUUUCUUGGACUUGAAUCUCCCGCCACAGCACAACACAGGUCUGGGAGGGAUCCCUAUAGCAGGGGAAGAAGAGGUGAAGGUUUCGACCAUGCCACUGUCAGCCUCUUCCCAUUCAUUACAACAAGGACAGCAGCCUACAAGUCUCCACACUACUGUGGCCUGACAACAGAACUGAGAGGAGAGGAUUAGACUCUGGGGUGCUUGCAUGGGCAACCGGAUUUUUGCAUGAUUCCUUUCUGAUUUUGCAUUUAAUGUAUACACCCAAAAGAGCCAAUAUAAACGUUCCUCAUGCCUACAACUAGUGUGUUACCUCAUAGUUGCUAAAGUAUUUCUUCAUUAGGCCUUUAACACAAUUUAUUAGCAUAAUAAUUUUGGCAUUGUUUCUCAUGAGUGAUACUAUUUUUUAACUCACACAAAUAAACUUGUAGUACUAUAAUUAAGAUCCCAGAUGAGAUUAGCUAGAAUUGUUAUUUUGGCUCUAUUAAUUGAAAAUAUUCAAAGAUAAUGGUAGUUCCUUGUUUUCUGAUUUGUGAAAAAAUGGUAAUAUCCUAAUAUAUUCAUGAAAAUUUGAAAAUUAAGAAGAUAAUGUCUUGCAUUCUUUGAAUACUUGAGAAGAAAGAAUACAUAUAAAACAAAAUUGGUGGUGUCAUUUAAUGCUCAGAAGAAUGUUGUCAGCAAUUGUUCGUAGUUGUAUGGAUUUAUCCUAUAUUAUGCAUUACAUGUUUAGAAACUGUCUUUGUUCUCUCUGAUUUGCACAUUUGCACUUUCUUUUUGAAUGGUUGUUAAUUAUAUAGAGACGCUUAAGAGAUAAUUAUUAUAGACUAAAUGCAAUAUAAUCUCUUUUCUAAUGCACUGCCUAGUAUACCGGGAAAUUGCCUCAGAAACAGAAUUUCAACUUACAGUUGAUUUAUCAGAAACUUGAAUAUGGGGUAAAUAUUGUAUGUGAGAAGCAACCAUAGUAGUGUAACAUUUUUAUUGGAAAAAUGGUAGUUCUGUGGGAUAUUUGUUUGGAAAUUUCAUUGUUUCACAAUUGAAGUGUGAUAAUAAAACUAUAUUACAAGUACCUGACCAGAAUGAGACUAAGGUGGAAGAGAAGAGAUUGGGGAUCCUCUAAAAUUAGGCCACGUAAGUUGUCAUAGGUAAUUUUAGUUAAUCACAGAGAAUAGUGGUGUACUUUAUUAGGCUAUAAUGUUGAAGUGAUGUUUUUGGAUAAUAGACAAUUUCUUGAAAUAGUUCUAAAGCUGAUAAUGAAAGAAAAUAAACUGAAUUCAGUUCUGAGCAUUAGACAAAAGCUGGUUCAGAAAACAUGACUAUGUUCUGCCUAAAUUAAGCAUCUGGGAAAAAAGGGGAAAGUCAGAUCUCCUCUUGAGAUUUUAAAAAAAAACAUUGUGAUAUAAAAGAUACGCCUUAAUUAAAAAAAAUAUUAAAAGAGUAGCAUGAAUACCAAAAAAGGAAGCCUAGAGAUUUAAAAUAAUAAUAAUGAUAAUAAUGAAAUACCUUACUAGGAGUGAUACUUAAUAUCAUGUUGGAGUUGGAGUUUUCAGGGUUCCCUCUCUAUGUAAAGUCUAAUAACUUUCUAUUAGAUAUAAUACACAAGUUAAAUGGGUUUGUCCUGAGUUAUAGUGGGUAAACUAAAAUCUAUUCUUAGAUAUCCUUCAAUUUGGUUAGCUGAGGGUGUAGAAACAACUAAUUAUCUAGCCAUUUUAAUUAUUUUUGUAAAAUUCUGCAUAAAUGAUAAUCUCUAACUUCUAUCCAGAAGUGACUUUAAGACAGCGUUAUGAGAAAUUUAGAAAAUACAAAUAAAAUAUUGUAGAUUUCUUA